AUGCUUCCCUUCAUAAAAGAGAACGGGCGGUUUCUUCUGAGGACAUUUGACUGCAGUGCAUACAAUUUGCAGAAAUAUUUGGCCUGCUCUUGGCGCUCAUAUCACAGAUGCAACGAUCCAAGAUACAUACAAAAUGCUUAUAGGCGAAAUACUCUUCGAUACUACCAGGUACACUCGAUCCGGCAAUUUCACAAUUUCAGAGUUGGGCUGAACUCGGGAAGAGCUGUAGGUGAAGAUGGUAGAAAGACCAGAAAGCAAGCUGGGAAGAUAAGGACGGGUAAUAGUGCAUGUAAGGGCAAAAUGAAGGAGGAUGAAAAAGCAGCAGAAAAAGCAGCAGAAAACGCAAAGGAUGAAAGAGCAGGCAAGACAGAAUCACGGGAGAAGGCAGAAAGCAAGCGAAAUAACACAGGCACGAGUGAAAAAGGGAUAGGGGAGCCGGAUCUAAGCCAGGGGUACGAAAGAAAGACAUUUAAAGAAUUCAUGAUAUCGCUAUUUAAGAAGAAGAAAGAUGACGAGGAUUAUUCGAUUGGAGGACUCAAAGAAGGGCUGACGGCGGUUGAUCUGCGUAAGGCACUACCGCCGGAUCCGGAAGUAAGCGAGAUCCUCCGUCCGGCAUCUCCGAAUAAAAGCACAAUCAGCUGUACGAUAUUUGAUGAGAAAGGAGAUGUUGCAGCAGUCCAGAAGAAAUUCUCAAAGACAGAAUUCCUAUCGGAGAACAAGCUCUUCCCGCGGGAUCUCCGGAAAAUCGACUCGUCGAACGUCGAUGUUGCACCAAUCAUCGCAGUUCGCACAGACUGCAUCUUGAUCAACUUGUUGCACAUCAAGGCACUCAUUAAAAGUAACGAGGUGAUGAUAUUCGACACAUCCAACCCAGACUAUGCGUCCAAGCUCAGCCUGUUUAUGUAUGAUCUAGAGUCCAAGCUCAAGACGAAGAUGGUGCAUGUUCCAAUCACUUCAGGCAAGAAUGGAACAGAUGAAACCCCGCUUUCAUCAACAGUAAACUGCUAUUCCAACAACCCGAACCAGCCGUACGAGUUCAGGGCUCUAGAAUGCAUACUGAUCAACGUUAUGGCAAUCUUGGAGAGCGGUUUGCAGCAGCAAUCCAAGGUUUGCAAGUCGAUCUUGCUUCAACUCGACCAGGAAAUAGACAGAGCAAAACUUCGAGACUUGUUGAUUCAUUCGAAAAGCUUGACGACUUUCUGCCAGAAGGCACUGUUGAUCAGAAACGCUUUGGACGAUCUUUUGGACAACGAUGACGAUUUGGAAGACAUGUAUCUAACGGAAAACAAGGCCCGCAGAGAGAUGCUGAAAAGCUAUGGAAUAACCACAAAUGACAGAGAUAACUCCAACGGUAGCAGUGGAAGUGGUAGCGGUGCUAACUCGUCAAAGCUGGCUGCCGAUUCAACGAAAAAAAAGCCGUUGAUCAUCUCAAAAGACAACGAAAUGGACACGGGAGAGAUCGAGAUGCUUUUGGAGGCAUACUACAAGCAGUGCGAUGAGAUUGUUCAGCAGGCUGAAACACUUAUCAACGAUAUUAAGUCCACGGAGGAGAUCGUGAACAUUAUCUUGGAUGCAAACCGGAAUUCCCUCAUGGUGUACGAGCUAAAAGUUAGCAUAUACACGCUUGGCUUUACCGUUGCCACCCUGAUUCCAGCACUGUACGGCAUGAACCUCGAGAACUUCCUCGAGAAUUCAAAGUUGGCCUUUGGUUCCGUUGCCUUAUUUAGCAGCAUGGCUGGUUUGGCCAUGAUCGUUUAUUCUCUGAGAAAAUUGCAGAUGGUUCGCAAAAUGAGCACUGUGAGCAAAAGAAGCAUGAGCAAGAUCGACAUGCGGGUCAAAGCCAAGCUCAAAAAGAGGCUUUUACGUAGCAGAGGUGGUUCCAACUACAAUUCGAAACUUCUUCAUACGAAAAGAGAGAAGCAGGAUGUGGUUUGGAAAUGGCUAGUAGAGGAUAAAUACCAGGGAAAGCGGCCUGGAAGCUGA